GGCCUGCCCUUGAAAAAUAUUACGAAAGGGCAUGUACAUGUUGUGGCGCACUUGAAGAAUUGAGGCGCCAAGAGAAAAGCGCAGGUCCCGCCCAUAGCGCAGCGAUCGGGCUUCCUGAGUCCUAGUGAAAUGCAGCCUGGCCGGGCGGGUGGGCUGUAUACUCGAAGCACAUACGCACCAAAGCGUGCACGCAUAGCUCUCCUUCAACCAAGCCGGGGUUUUCCCUUACACAACUCACAACUCACAAACAUGGCGGGAGACAAGACCAACGGCGCUGCUGAGCCGGUGUUUCUGCUUUUCGGCAAGUCGGGCUGGAUCGGUGGCCUGCUGCAGGAGGAGCUGAAGAAGCAGGGAGCCAAGUUCCACCUCGCGGACGCGCGUAUGGAGGACCGCUCUGCCGUUGUUGCGGACAUUGAGAAGUACAAGCCCACCCACGUGCUGAACGCGGCCGGCCUGACUGGCCGCCCCAACGUCGACUGGUGCGAGACGCACAAGCUGGAGACCAUCCGCGCCAACGUGAUUGGCUGCCUGACCCUGGCGGACGUGUGCAACCAGCGCGGCAUCCACAUGACCUACUACGGCACCGGCUGCAUUUUCCACUACGACGAUGACUUCCCGGUCAACAGCGGCAAGGGCUUCAAGGAGUCCGACAAGCCCAACUUCACCGGCUCCUACUACAGCCACACUAAGGCCAUCGUGGAGGACCUGAUCAAGCAGUACGACAACGUGCUGACCCUGCGCGUGCGCAUGCCCAUCAUCGCCGACCUCACCUACCCUCGCAACUUCAUCACCAAGAUCAUUAAGUACGACAAGGUCAUCAACAUCCCCAACAGCAUGACUGUGCUGCCGGAGCUUCUGCCCAUGUCCCUGGAGAUGGCCAAGCGCGGCCUGACUGGCAUCAUGAACUUCACCAACCCCGGCGCCGUCAGCCACAACGAGAUCCUUGAGAUGUACAAGGAGUACAUUGACCCCGAGUUCACCUGGUCCAACUUCUCGGUGGAGGAGCAGGCCAAGGUCAUCGUGGCGCCCCGCUCCAACAACCUGCUGGACACGGCGCGGAUAGAGGGUGAGUUCCCGGAGCUGCUGCCCAUCAAGGAGUCGCUCCGGAAAUACGUGUUCGAGCCCAACGCCGCUAAGAAGGAUGAGGUGUACAAGGCGGUCAAGGAGAUGCGCGGCCGGUAAAGCGAAGCGGGGCCGUUCGUGGUCGGCGAAGUGGUUGGCGAGCUGACUGGUGCAGGGGUUUGAGGAGCGAUCUGCGAGUGCGUGCGCAGGAGCAGCAUGCAGCUGGAUGAGAGUGCCUGUGAACGAGAUGUGGAAGCGCCGGUCGUAGCUGGGGCUGAACAUGGCUAGUGCUGACCCGUACGAUACGGGGGCGGGGUGUGGUCGUGAUGGGAUGGCACGCACACGUGCUCUCUGUGCGGGGGCAGGUAGUGAACGCAGUGAUUGGCCGCAAAGAAAUGGGUGCAGGCUGUGGAUGCAACGAGCAUUAGAGCGUGGCGUGGCAUGCGUGAAGGAGCGAGGCAGUGCAGGGCUUGCCCAGCAGGAAGGCAAGGCGGUAGCUUGCAAGGCGGAGAGUCACUUUUGAGCAGCUUUAAAUGAAGUUUUGCUGACGCUACUAAGAUCCCCAUGGCGCGAUAUCUGAUCGGCUAUUGAUUGCGUAAACUCGAAAUGGCAAUGUGCCGGUACAAAGGCUGUAGCGAAUUGCUCAC